AUGCGUUGAAGCACGUGGGUAUCCUCGCGUGGAUUUGCAAAGUUGGGUUAGGAAAGUUAUUCCUACAGAUGGGGUAUCGAAUGGGUCAAAAAAAGAAACAGCGGAAUCGAUUUCACCGGACUGCGGGAAAAAGGCAUCAAAAUCGGAAGUUGGAAUAUGAUGAUAAGGAGGAAGAACAGCAAGAACAUGCGUUUGGGGCACUGUUGGAAUCUAGUCACGAACAAAUGGAGGACGGCGUAUGUAAGGUGUCCUGUAGGAAACCACAGAGUUUUCCAGCGGCUGAUUAUACUUCGGAUGUUGAGCUUGACACAAGAGAGCUGGUUCGAGCACAAAACAAAAAGAAGAAGAAAUCUGGAGGAUUUCAGUCAAUGGGGACCAGCUUUCCUUGCUUCCUGUGCGUGCUAAGGAGGAAAUACAAAAUACCAUGUCCAGUAUGUAGGAAAACUAUCCCAGUAAUUAUGGAUGGCAAAGAUGUUGUUGCCAUGGCUAGGACCGGGAGUGGUAAGACGGCCUGCUUUCUGAUCCCCAUGUUUGAACGACUGAAAGCUCACACAGCACAAACAGGAGCAAGAGCCCUGAUCCUUUCACCCACUAGGGAGCUGGCAUUGCAAACUAUGAAGUUCACCAAAGAGCUUGGAAAAUUUACUGGCCUUACUACAGCACUGAUUCUGGGCGGUGACAAGAUGGAGGAUCAGUUUGCUGCUCUACAUGAAAACCCUGACAUAAUCAUUGGUACGCCUGGUCGACUUAUGCAUGUGGUGAUGGAGAUGAAUUUGAAGCUCAACAGCGUGGAGUAUGUGGUGUUUGAUGAAGCAGACAGGUUAUUCGAGAUGGGAUUUGCACAGCAGCUGGAAGAGAUCAUUCGUAGGUUGCCAGACAAUAGACAAACUCUGCUUUUCUCUGCAACCUUACCAAAACUUCUUGUCGAAUUUGCCCGUGCAGGUUUAACUGAGCCAGUACUGAUACGGCUAGAUCUGGACAGUAAGCUCAGUGAGCAGCUGAAGCUUGCAUUCUUCCAUGUGCGUGUAGAUGACAAACCUGCUGUUCUCCUUCAUCUGCUGCGGGAUGUGGUUAAACCUCAGGAACAAACUGUUAUUUUUGCAGCAACAAAGCACCAUGUUGAGUAUUUGAAAGAGGUGUUGCUUAAGGAAGGCAUAGACUGUUCAUACAUUUAUAGUGCAUUGGAUCAGACAGCAAGGAAGAUCAACAUUGGGAAGUUUGUGAACAGGAAGACUAUGGUUAUGAUCGUCACUGAUGUGGCAGCACGUGGGAUUGAUAUUCCUAUGCUGGAUAAUGUCAUUAAUUAUAACUUCCCUCCAAAAUCCAAGUUGUUUCUGCACAGAGUCGGUCGAGUUGCCAGAGCCGGUAGAAGUGGUACUGCAUUGUCUCUUGUGGCACCAGAUGAAGCAGCAUAUGUCUUUGAUCUGCAUCUUUUCUUGGGAAGGCCCCUUCGCCUGGUAAGCCCUGGUGAAAAGAUGGAAGAUACUGAUGGAAUGUAUGGCAGGGUUCCCCAGAGCAUCAUUGAUGAAGAAGAUUCCCUACUGAUAGUAGCCCAUGACAACUCUUCGGACCUGCAGAGCCUAAGAAGGGUAUCUGAGAAUGCCUACAAACAGUAUACAAAGUCCAGGCAAAACCCUUCUACUGAAUCUGUGAAACGGACCAAGGAAAUCGACUUUUCCAUGCUGGGAAUUCAUCCUCUGCUAAGUUCAGGACUAGAAGAUAGUGAAUUAGAGAGGCUGAAGGUUGUGGAUUUGAUUAAAAACUACAAAUCUAAAGCGACAAUCUUUGAAAUCAACUCCACAAAUAAAUCAAAUGCCAGUGAAGUGAUGAGAGCCAAACGAAGCAGAGACCGGCGCACCAUACAAAAGUACCGCAAAAGUAAAGAGGAGAAACAAAUAAAGGAGUUACAAAGAUCUGUGAACCAGAGUGAUGCCAAAGCCUGUGACCCAGAGUGUGAUGAAGAAAACCUUGCCCAAGUUUUCACCGAGGUUGUUGGCAUGAAGAAGAAAAAGCAUUCUGAUGCACAGACAACAGAGAGAGAUGAAUUUUAUAUUCCAUAUCGUCCUAAAGACUUUGAAUCAGAAAGGGGAACAAAGAUAGGGAAAGAAGGGAGCCUUGCAGACCAGGCUCAUCAGGCAAAUGGGGCGGUACUGGAUCUGGUUCUCUCAUGAGGAGAUGAAUUGCAGGAUAUGAUGCAUAAUAGCCAAGUAAUGGAAUAUUGGGAUCGUAAGAGGAAGAGGUUUGUUCAUGACAGGGGGACAGAGACAACAAAGAAGGUGAAGACUGAAAGUGGCUUGUACAUUAAUCGAUCAUACAAGAAAAACCUCUAUGAUGAAUGGAAGAAGAAAUACCGAGUGGAUGAUAGAGCUUCUGGAGAUGAGUCAGAUGACCAAACAAGAAACCAGCCAAAGAGAGGAAAAGGACACCGAGGAAGGAGUACCUUAUACCCUAAGAGGCAAGGUUCUCAACCUAGGACUCGCCCUGAGUUGAAGAGCAAGGAACAAAUCUUGAAAGAGCGUAAAAUGAAGGCAAAACAAAAGUUUUUGCAGUCUGGUGGACUAAAGCGGCUUAAGGCAAAAAAUAAACCGUGCCUACAGGACCUGCGAAAAUCAGCCUUUGGACGAAGAAGUGGAAAAAAAGGCAAAAUGAAAAAGCGUCUGUGAAAAGGACUUCUUUACACCAAAUGAACUUUACUAUCCCAGAUGCUGAAAUAACAUUUGAAUGCCUUUUUAGGUUGUUCCUAUUUGAGGUCCUCACCAGAACACUUUUCCGUCAGUUUUGUGAGUGUCCUUUGGAAGAGGCACAUUUAUUACUGAAGUCGGACAGCUGAAACCUUGAGAAGAUGAGUUUAGAAAUUUCAACAAACUCCCCAAUAUCUGUUCCUGAAAAGGAAAGUGCAUUAACACAAAAAAAAAUGAUUAAAUGCCAGAGAUUAUAGUAUUUCAUGACCCAUUUUGCUGAACCUCCAACUGUAAACAAAUUGCAGCCACAUUUCAUAAAUUAACAUUUUAAAGGAA